GUCUCUUUUCAAAAGCUAUAGCACAAAGUGGAAGUCCUAUAGGAGAAUGGGCAGUACAAAGAAAACCUCGGAUGUAUGUAGAGCGACUGGCUCGCAAAUUGAAGUGUCCAGAGGUCAAAGAGAGUGCAGCCAUACUUGAUUGUUUGAGAAAAAUCAGUUCAGAAGAUAUCAUAGAAAAGAGCGAAGAUGCUGGGAAUGUGGAUUUAUUCCAGAAGACUUUGGAAGAUUCCCUGAUGCUGCAAUUUGCACCUGUUGUAGACGGAGAAGUUUUGCCGCAACAUCCGACAAUGAUGCUUCAGCAGGAAGGUUCUCUCAACAAAGUUCCCAUUAUAGUAGGAGUGACAAGGGAUGAGCUCGAAGUAUGGAUGACAAAGUCCUACCAAGACAAAGAUCCAUCUUCAAUCCCUUUCACUAAAGAUCUACUCAGGAAGUACUUGCUGCAUUUAGUCCGGAAAGAUUUCAUGUCUGAAAUAACAGCCGACGUUUUAUUGCAUGCUGUGUACACAGAGUACGUAUAUAGACAUGGUACUACUUCUCAUCAUAAGAAGCGAAGACAACAGCAACAUGAGAUGAGCAACGGCUCCAUGCCUUACUACGAAAACCCUUCAUCAGCACUUCCAGAUAUCAGGACGCUGGGAAAAAUUAUCAGCGACAUCGAUCUGAAGGCACCAUCUGUAAAAUUAGUGAAUUUGUUGUCACUUCACUCCAGUGUAUCAGUCUACAUGUAUGAAUUCGAUUAUGCUAGUUCUGAUGAUGUCAUCGUCACCAAGUAUGUAGGUGCGAACAAUACGUGGGUAGGUUCAUAUCACGAAAGUGAACUGUAUUACAUUUUUGGUUUUCCACAUAUGGACUUAGACAAUGCUCUAAGACUUCCCCAAGAUAAAGAAGUAUCGGACAUCUUAAUUCAGCUGUGGACAAAUUUUGCAAAAAGCGGAAAUCCCACUCCUAGAAGAGACUCUUCCAUUUCUGCAUUCAAGAAUUUUACGUGGAGACCAUAUACAGAAGAAGAAGAUUUUUUCGCAACCUUGGGCUUACAACCAUUUGUAGCUCGCUCAUAUGAAUCAGAGAGGAUGACAUUCUGGAACCACUUUGUACCACUCUUUACCGAGUAUCCAAUCACUAUUACGUGUAAUCUCAGUAAAGUAGCUACACCUCAAGCAGAAUGCAGCGUCGAAGUCAUUAUACUCCUUUCCUUCGUCGGAUGGCUACUCGCUAUUAUUUGCCUAGGUUUGUUGAUCCAUCUGUGCCUCUGCAAAAAUUUCACGCAUUUUACUGCAAUAAGAAAUCUUCCUAUACCAAUCUGACAGCUGGAAGAAAUGAAAAGACAUGCAUUUUCUACUAUUAGUUUGGCCAAAUAAGAACUAAAAUCAAUUCCACACAGAAUAUUUGAUGGCAUUACUCAUUUCGAAGGAAACUGAUUUCCUAAUUAAUCUUUCAUGAUAUACUUUAAUUGCGAAAUGACAGUUUUCAUGGAUCACAACAAUUUGCGAAGCUGAAGUACCUCAUAUGAUCAUGUUUCCACAUAUCAUUAUACUCGUAUUUAUAAAUCUUCUUUACUUGUGAAAAUAAUAAACACAUUUUGCUCACAUUUAUUUUCAGCUCAGUCAAAAGACUGCAUAAUGUCCAUUCUAUAAAUUAUUAUAUUUUGUUGAUAAGCGUUUCCUACAAAAAUCUAGUAUAACGUUAAGAAGAAAUUUAUUUGGCAUCAAUAUGUUCAUGCUUCGCUGUAGUAUAGAGACGAACUUCGUUGCUCUGCGACAGCACAUUUGAUAAGCACUGUAGUUUUUACAUAAGCACUGUAGUUUUUCAUGUAUCAAGCUUUAAAUAUUUGUUUUUACAACUAUCAAUUUAUUCUUAAUGUUUGAAAUAAAAAGUAUAAAGAAGU